AUGAAAGCUUUCAUUGUACUAGACGACAUUCAUACUUUAAAACUUCUAGAAAAUUUGAUUGGAGUAGGGCAUGAUUGCCUUGGAGCUGGUAGCAGAGAAAUUGUGACAACCAGAGAUAAGCAUGUGUUGAUAGGCAGAGGGAUUGACGAAAUUCUUCAAGUUAAGGAAAUGAACUUUCAAAACUCCAUCAGGUUGUUCAGUUUGAAUGCUUUCAACAAAAUCGUUCCGAAUGAGGGGUAUGAGGAGAUAUCAAAUAAUGUAGUUUCUUAUGCAAAAGGCGACUCUUUGGCUUUGAAAGUUAUGGGUUCAUUUCUUCGUACAAAAAGUAAAAUAGAAUGGGAUAAUGCUAUAAAUAAACUGAAGAAAAUUUCCAAUACUGAAAUUCAAAAGGUGUUGGGCUUAAGCUAUGAUGAAUUAGAUGAUAUAGAGAAAAAUAUAUUUUUAGACAUUGCAAAAAAUUUCAAAGGUUGUCGAAUCAGCAUCUGA